AGCCACCUCUCCUACCAGCCAAUCCUCUGAGCACUGGGGUUGGAAUCACAGGCAGUCUGCUCACAGAAAAAGCACUCUUCAAAUUCUGAUAUCUCGGGCAAAAGUUUCAGAGGUGGUGGACCAUGGAGCUUCUUGUGAAUGUAAGAAAAUGGGUAGAAGAAAACAAAACUGCCUUUUUGCCACCUGUUUGCAAUAAGCUCAUGCAUCGCCAUCAAUUAAAUGUGAUGUUUGUUGGAGGGCCAAAUGAAAGGAAGGAUUAUCAUAUUGAAGAAGGAGAAGAGCUUUUUUACCAGAUUCAAGGAGAUAUGUGUUUGAAGAUAAUUGAAAAUGGGAAACACAAAGACGUUGUCAUCCGAGAAGGGGAGAUGUUCCUGCUACCUGCCAGGAUACCUCAUUCUCCUCAGAGAUACGAAAACACUGUGGGUCUUGUGAUGGAGAGGAAAAGAUUAAAAACAGAAAUGGAUGGGCUCAGAUACUAUGUUGGAGAAUCAACUAAUGUCCUCUUUGAAAAAUGGUUUCACUGUGAAGAUCUCGGCACUCAACUUGCACCAAUAAUUCAAGAGUUUUUCAAUUCAAGGCAAUAUAAAACUGGAAAACCAAACCCAGAUGAACUCCUGAAAGAAGCACCUUUCCCACUGAAUUCCAUUUCUGUUAUGGAGCCAUUUUCCUUCUCAAGCUGGUUAAAUGAUCAUCGUAAUGAAAUAAAACAGAAAAAAUCCUUGAGUGUGUUUGGAGAUAACUUUGAAACAGAGGCUAUAGUUUAUGGACCAGGAACAACUGAGAAAAGUAAAAAGAAUUCGGAUAUCUGGAUAUGGCAGCUGGAGGGCACAUCAACUGUUUCCAUGGAUAGUAAAACCCUGACUCUCUCUGCUGGUGACAGCCUGCUUGUCCGUGCCCAGUCUGUGUACUGCUGGAAAAGAGCAGAAGAAUGUGUUGCUCUCUGCAUCGCUCAGGAUCCAAAACGCAAGCAACCUUAUAAAUAACUCCUCUGUCAGUUGGCUUUGAGGAUAGGAAGGUUAAAACUUGGUUAUCUUGAUUAUCUUUUACUCAGAAUGCCUGGAAAUUUGAAUACUCUAACACAAUAAUUAAGUAGAUUCAAGUGCUUUGCCCAAUUAAAACUUUUUCUCCAAGUAGUUAAAGUUUUAGCAAAAUUUAUAAUCAGUAUUUUUUUUAAGAUCUAGUAUUUUGUUUGCUUUUAUCUGAAAGGAAACUACAACAUAUCCAAGUGGCUCGAUUACUUAUCUAAUAAUAUGUGAUACUAUCUAAAUUGAACUAAAGUCUUUUGAAAUGCAAGUCUCUGUCAUGAGAUGUAGAAAAGGAGAUGGGACAGAUUCCGUUACACUGCUAUGGUAGCAGGCUGGAUGCUGCAUGCAUGCUACUCUGAACACAACACUAAACAGGAUCACCUGGGUCAUGGGUGUGCUCCUGUGCAGCAGAAUUCUCAAGUCAAAUUUGCCUUUAGAGCUAUGUUAGGGGAUAAGAGAGCAGAAAAAUUAUUAUAAUCAGUUUCUAUUAACUGCUGCUUCUUUUUGAACAAUGAAGUUUCUUGCAGAAAUGAUAAAUGUCAAAUUAUAUUUUGCUGCUUUUAAUCCCAAGAACUCUGCAGAAUAGUUUUUGUUCUGGUUUUGGUUUUAUUUAAUUAUUCUUCACAUUGUCAUUAGAAAACAGGUUGCUUAGAUACCUGCAAGUAUUAUCAAUUAAAUAUUUGAGAAAGCAAAAGUUUCUGAUUCUUGAUUUUUUUUUUUAUUCUAAUUAAGUUCAGAAAAAUUUGUUUCAUCUAUCACCUACAAAGCUCAUUAAACUGAGAUGGCAUAUGUGUUUCACUGAAGUGUUCAUUCUUCUCCUGAGAAAGACACAGCUGUCUUGGCUUUAAUCUAUAACUUAUAUUUAACAUCAGCAGCUUUUCUAGCAAAGCAUACAGCAAAACUCUGCUACAUCCCCUUAAUAACAGGGGCCUAAUUUGGAAAACUGAUCCCAGUCCUUAAGGGUGUUAUAAGUGUGAGCUACCAUACACAAAAAGGGACUGAGGGAAUAAUUUUUUCUGAUUACCAUUGGUAAAGAUGUGUUUAUGUGUCUGCAGAAUUGACUACUCGAGUGAACAUCUAUGAUUGAGGGAUCUAGGGUACCAAAGUGUUAUAUUUUUAGUCCAGCAGUUACAGGGUAAUCACAGAAAUAUUUCCAUAUUUCACACUGAAUGAUAAGUGAGCAAAACACGGCAACAUGCAGAACAGCAUCCAGAAUAACCAGCAACUCUUCAUCCAGCCAGAGACACUGAAAACCAUGGAACUUUCAGAAUAAAAAUUAAGGCAUCUCCAGAUUAGAUACCUCCCAUGAUACCCACUCAAAUUAUACUUGUGAUGCCUUUUACAACAACCU